UCCCGUCGGGAAAGAGAUCGGCAAUUCGCUCAGGCGGUUAGUUAAUUGUAAUUGAGUAGGCAGUUCUUCUCUUUGCCUUUCAGCCGGCUAGUCCGCUUAUCUCUCUGUGAGCGGAGAUGGUGAUACAGGAAGUGUUGUGGCUUUGGUGGAAGGCUGGGAAGAUCCUUGUUUGGGUUUGGUAGACUCUCUUUUAGUUUGGGACGAUCUUUCCGGUUUAGGAAUGAACUAUGGAAUUCAGUCACUCGGGUAAGAAAAUAACUAACUUAAGGCAUUGAAAGACGUGAACCAAAUCAUUUAAGCGUCCACGUAUUGGCUUCGAUUCUGGCAGAAGCGGGAUGGCACUCUAUUACGUAGAUAGACAGAAGAGGGCCGGGAUGGCUUGACCCAGAGAAGAAUGUUGAGUUGAGGAAAAGAAGCCUUCCCAAUGAAAAUCUUUUCCUGUCGAUGUAGUCUUUUCUUCUCUGUCCUGCUCCCCGGCGAAGCGGAAAUUGAAUAAGAAGAAAGCUGGUAGCGUAGAUUCAGGCUACCCUAGUAGCUAGGAUUCCGUCCCUCCCAGUUCACAGAUGUAGUUGCGUGUAGUUCACUUUUUUCUUCGAGAUUGGCUUGGUCUUAAGUGUACCGCUUGUGUAGCCUAUGCGAAGCGAACAAGCAAGGGAUUGAGCUGCGCGAUCUUUGGAACAAUGGUUCGCGCAUUCGUUUUCUUGCUGGGUACAAGAUCGAAAAGAAUGCCCGUAUGUCGAGAUACAGGGUUUUUCGAGAAAAGGUCCCAUCCUUCAAUAUCAUGAUUGGGUCGACCGGGCCAGAUCAUGAGUGAAUAGAAAAUCGAAAACGUACAUAGCUGUUCCAGCUGAAAUACUUGGAAUAAUUCUACCACUUCUACUAGGAGUAGCCUUUUUAGUGCUAGCUGAACGUAAAGUAAUGGCUUUUGUGCAACGUCGAAAGGGUCCUGAUGUAGUGGGAUCGUUCGGAUUGUUACAACCUCUAGCAGAUGGUUUGAAAUUGAUUCUAAAAGAACCUAUUUCACCAAGUAGUGCUAAUUUCUCCCUUUUUAGAAUGGCUCCAGUGGCUACAUUUAUGUUAAGUCUGGUCGCUCGGGCCGUUGUACCUUUUGAUUAUGGUAUGGUAUUGUCAGAUUCGAACAUAGGGCUACUUUAUUUGUUUGCCAUAUCUUCGUUAGGUGUUUAUGGAAUUAUUACAGCAGGUUGGUCUAGUAAUUAGGGGGCGGCCGUUCGGUCGCCUGUGAUACUAGGACCAAUAGGUCAAAAAUGGGUUUGUGCCGCAGGUGUUGAACGAUCUACUCUACACAGGUGUGGGCUUACAGGGCUAGGGCUCAUAAAGCCUUUCUUUCAUUCAAAAAGAGGGCCCUGGUCGGUCACUUUUCCGGGCCGGGAUCGAUAGAUAAGUGGAAG